CAACAGAGCUGACCAAGAAGCCUUCGGAAUCAAAGGUUAUCGCCAUGUCAGCAGCGGCUCGUUAAGGAUGGCAGACACUUCCGCGGGUCGGAUUAAGUAUAAGACAGCUCCCGAGCGCAGUGGAUGGUACACGUCUUUUCGGUUGCGCUGACCGCAGGGCUACUCCUCAGUCGGAGUGUUACGGGGCAGACUAUGCCCUUCGACGCUCGCGAAGCUACGAUAGAUUCCGUUCACCAUGCUGUUUAUUCUGGCCUUUCAACGUGCCGAGAAGUUGCCUCCUCCUUCAUCGCACGCAUCGAGGCGUUCAACAGCCGCACCAAUGCUGUCAUCACGCUCAAUCCCAACGCUCUCGCAAUAGCGGAUUCCCUGGACGAAUCUCUUGCUGCUGGAAACGCUACAGGGCCAUUGUUCUGUGUCCCCAUCCUGCUCAAGGAUAAUUAUGACACUGCGGAUAUGCCAACCACGGGUGGAAAUCUAGCUUUGAACGACUCCAGGCCGACGGAGGACGCGCCGAGCGUCGUUGCAUUCAAGAAUGCUGGCGCAAUUAUCCUGGGGAAGGCGAAUUUGCACGAGCUGGCAUUGGAGGGACUCAGUGUGUCUUCUUUGGGUGGGCAGACGAUUAACCCGUAUGAUGCUACUCGUACGCCGGGUGGAAGCUCAGGAGGAACUGGCGCAGCAGUAGCGUCUUCGUUCUGUGUUUUCGGAACCGGGACGGAUACUGUGAAUUCGUUGAGGAGUCCGGCGUCCGCAAACUCACUGUUUAGCAUUCGGCCUACACGCGGUUUGAUCACGAGGACCGGCAUUAUUCCCAUCUCUUACACGCACGACGUUAUUGGCCCCAUCGCUCGUUCUAUUAAGGACGUAGCCGUUGCUCUGACUGUCAUGGCAACUACUGGCUACGACGUUGCUGAUAACGCAACGGCACUUGUUCCCUCCGCAAACCGUAACGUCGACUACGCCGCCUCCCUAUCUACUAGCACGCUCAAAGGCGCCCGAUUAGGUGUGCUAAACGGUUUCUUCAACCGAACCGCUUCUCCAGAAGUCACCCCCGUCAGCGACGCCAUGGACUCUUUCAUGCAGAAGCUAGAGUCCGCAGGCGCAACUCUGGUCCCUAUCAACGAAAGUAUCUACAACGCGACCGCCAUCCAAGCGGCCUACGAUGUCCAGCGGUUCGAGUACCGCGAGCUCAUGGACCAGUACCUGCAGCGCCCUUCGUUGUCCGGCGAACAUCCACACACGCUGAACGAACUGUAUAGUCUAAAAGCAGGGAACGGUUCAGAAGGAGAGUUCCUUGUCAUACCAGCGCAGUACGAAUACGUAAACACUGCUCUAGUCUCCUCAACAGCAAACGCAACAUACAACGACCGCAUGACCGGGAUCCGCAACCUCACCCUCGCACUCCAAUCCACAUUCAUCUCCAACAACCUUGACGCACUCAUCUACCCCGAGCAAAAGAACCUCGUCGUGAAAAUCGGAUCGCCGUCGCAAUCUGGUCGGAAUGGGAUUCUCGCGGCGCUUACAGGUAGUCCCGUAGUCACUGUUCCAGCGGGUUUUAGCGAGCCGAGCGAGGAGGCGCCCGUUGGCGUCCCGAUUGGGAUGGAGAUUUUGGGGCGGCCGUGGAGCGAGGAGAAGCUGCUAGGGAUCGGGUAUCAGAUUGAGAUGUUGACGCAUGUGAGGAGGCCACCGGUGUGGGCGAUGGAGAGUGUGGAGGUGGGCGCGUAUGAGGAAGUGCCGAUAGUGCGGCCGGAUGCGGGAAAUGUCGCGAGUGUGUAUCCGUUGGGGACGUUGUAGGUGGACAUUGGAGCUGUUAUCAGUUUGUGAGAACAGAGACCCGAAUUUAU